AUGGAAGGUCUCUUCUUUAAUAUUAAUGACGGAUUUAUUGAAGCUGUCGUUCGUGGCUACAAAAACGGACUUCUCUCAUCCUCUCAAUAUGUUAAUCUCACUCAAUGCGACACUUUGGAAGACCUCAAGCUCCAAUUGUCUGCCACCGAUUAUGGCAAUUUCCUCUCCAACGUUUCAGGAGUUCUCUCCACCUCCAUCAUUGAAUCCAAGCUGAAUGAUAACUUGGUAUCCCAGUUCCGUUAUCUCAAAGCACAGGCUUCUGAGCCUCUCUCUACACUUAUGGAUUACAUAAGCUACGGAUAUAUGAUCGAUAAUGUGGCUCUUAUGAUUACGGGAACCGUCCAUGAACGUGAUAGGUCCGAAAUGCUUGAACGCUGUCAUCCUUUAGGUUGGUUUGAUACUUUGCCGACCCUAUCGGUGGCCACUGACUUAGAAUCGUUGUACGAAACGGUUCUUGUCGACACUCCUUUGGCACCAUAUUUCCACGACUGCCUAUCUGUUGAUGAUUUGGAUGAUAUGAACAUCGAGAUUAUUAGAAACACUUUGUUCAAGGCGUAUUUAGAAGACUUUUCGGACUUUGCCAAAACUCUUUCAAGUCCUUCCGAUGAAGUAAUGUGCCGUUUUUUAGCAUUCGAGGCUGAUAAACGUUCCAUUAAUAUAUGUGUUAACUCUCUAAACACCGAGUUGACUCCGGAAGAUAAACUGAAGAUGAUGCCAGGUCUCGGGAGACUUUCCAAUCCGGCUUUCCAGCAUCAAAUGGUUCAUUCCGAUGACUUGGAACAGUUGAAGAUAGUGGUCAAUUCUGUUGGUGAGUACAAGAAUUUCUUCGAUGAGUCCAAUGACAAAUCUAUGGAAGAUCAUUUCUAUGAGUACGAGAUGACUCUCUGUAAGAAUGCAUUUACUCAGCAGUUCACCUAUUCUACUAUUUGGGCCUUUCUCAGAUCCAAAGAACAGGAAAUAAGGAACAUUGCAUGGAUCUCGGAGUGUAUUUCUCAGAAUCAAAAGGACCGGAUUAACAACUAUAUAGCUGCCUACUGA